AUGCCGAACGAAUGGAACAUUACUGAAUCGAUAUACAAUGAAAACAAAAGUCUUUUUGGAACAAAUGAUAAUUUAACAAACGAUGGCAACACCACCAUACCAGAUCCUAUCGAAGAUAAAGCCAUACAAGCCGCUUUCUGUACGGUUUACACGAUAAUUUUCGUAGUAGGCAUCUUCGGUAAUGCUCUUGUUUGCUAUGCGGUAAUCAGAAACCGAGCGAUGCAAACUGUCACUAAUCUGUUCAUCACGAAUCUUGCCUUGUCGGACAUAUUGUUAUGCGUAUUUGCCGUACCAUUUACUCCUCUAUACACUUUUCUAGGAAGAUGGGUCUUUGGCGGUCCUUUAUGCCAUAUUAUGCCUUACGCUCAAGGCUGUAGCGUUUAUAUUUCAACUCUAACACUAACAUCAAUAGCCAUCGAUAGAUUUUUUGUUAUAAUUUAUCCAUUCAAGCCUAGAAUGAAAAUACAAACUUGUAUCGGACUCAUUGUUUUUAUUUGGGUGUUUGCCUUAUCAGUAACUUUCCCCUACGGCUAUUAUAUGUCCUUACAAGAUGUGUUUUGUGCGGAAAAAUGGCCUUCGGAUCAAAUCCGUAAAGCCUUUGGAGCUGUAACAACAAUCAUGCAAUUUGUGAUACCAUUUAUAGUCAUGGCAUUUUGCUACACAUGUGUUAGUGUAAAAUUAAAUGAUCGCUUAAAAUCUAGGCCCGGUAGUAAGAAUAGUAAAAAAGAAGACGCAGAAAGAGAAAGAAAGAGAAGAACUAACAGAAUGCUUAUAGCAAUGGUAGCAAUAUUUGGCCUAUCGUGGCUGCCAUUAAAUUUGAUAAACAUAAGUAGUGACUUUUACUCUUUAGCUGAAGAUUGGAGGUACUAUAUGGUACUAUUUUUCGUAGCACAUUUUAUUGCAAUGUCUUCCACGUGCUACAACCCCUUCCUCUAUGCGUGGCUGAAUGAGAACUUCAGAAAAGAGUUCAAACAAAUACUCCCAUGUCUAGGAGCCUUUGUGACUAAAAAACCGAAACGUAAUUUCAACCAAUCUGAAAGAACAGGUAUGUACCGCUCAGAAAAAACAUGUAAUGGAAAUGAUACAAUACAAGAGUCUCUUCUAACAUCCACUGUAACAAAACCAUCUGUUAGAUAUAAAAUAGAGUUUAAUGAUAAAGUGAAAAUGUAUGAGGACGAUGUAGAUAAUAUAAGUCCUGAUGAGAAACCGGAAGACAAUCCUAGUCCGAAUGAAGACUGUGUAAAAAUGUACAUGUUUGUAAAUAAAUCUACUAUAUCUUCGGAUAAGGAGCCAAUUGUGUCUGCGCUU